AUGGAUCCCGAUCUGCGCUCCCAGCUCAACAUGCUGCUGAUCAAUGGCGGCCAUGACAAGAAGCUUCAAGAACAACUCCUCUACACCCUCAACGCACACUCCAACAACUGGCCAACCCAAGUACAAAACCGCGCCCUCGCCCUCCUCCGCAGCGGCGAGGUCACCACCUUCCCCGUGCUCCUGAAACAGAUCCUCGACGAGGUGCGCAAAGAGACAGCCGCGGGCCCCCAGCCCAAGGGCACGACUUCCGGCUCGUCAUCGGCAAACGGCAACGCUGAGUCGUCCUCGGCCGGCGGCAGCACAAACAACGGCGCCGGCACCACCGUGCAGGUCAACGGGUCCAAGAAGCACGCGGGGCCCGGGCCCGGAGAGGCCUCCAACCUCAACAGGGAGGUGUCGACGUCGCUGGCCGUGCCGGCCACCGUCGUCGAGGAGGCGCUCAAGAUCACGAGGGACGUGCUCAAGGAGGUUGCCGAGUUCGAGGAGGAGUCCAAUGGUGCCACUUGA